AUGAUUAUCAAUCCAGGAAAUGGUGGAAUUCCAGGGUGGGUAUUGCAUCAGGACAUUGGAAGCCAAUUAAGAAUAGAGCUUCCUUUGAAUUGGUACGAGGACAACCACUUUCUGGGAUUUGCUUUCUUCUCUCUUUAUCAUAAAGAGAAUCAUUUUGAGGCUUCAUGUCAUUUUGAUCUGAGAUUGCGCGGUGAUCCAGAUGAAGUUGUGGAUGACCUCUCUAUUUCUUCUUGGUGUAAAUGCCACGAGUUUAAUGGUGAUGCAUCCGAUGAAUUGUGGGUGACUCUCUAUCCUAAGAAUGCUAUUCCAAAUAAGUACCACCGCAAACAACCAUGGCACUUUCUGGCUGCGUUUGAUUUUGUUACUAGGAUUAAUGGUCAGGCUACUCAUACCAAUAUCAAGAGGUGCGGGGUUCAGCUGAUAUACACCCAUGAUUAUCUACACGAUAAUGUGCCUAUGUUGGUGGAUCAUCAAAGAGGCCAUGAUGAUGCCGGGGAAAACCAAGCAGAUGAUCAGGAACCACACCCUAAAAGAUUGAGAGCAUCCAGCACUGAUCUCAAGCUUUAAGCUCCAUUGUCAGGUGCUUGGUACAACAACUAAAGAAUCAAUGUUGACUUAGCAGCACCAUGGCUGGAGCACCUUGCUGCCCUUCUACGACCGUGAGAACCACUGCACUGGCAUUCUUGAAGCCAAAUUUGUAGAGCAAUCCCCACUGUGAUGUUGAACCACUGCACUUAUUUUUUAACAUGAUGUAUUCGUAACUAGCAUCCUUUGAUGUAGAAUGAGACAUGACAACUCCAUACAUGCCUAAGCAACGAAAACUGAAAGGUCA